AUGCGGUGCUGGGGUGCGCGCGGCCCCAGGUCCCCACAAGAGCCCGCGGGCCGGCCUCCGCGUCACGGACGGGGCUACUUGGCAAAGCGAGCACCGAGCCCGACAGGCGGAGGCCUGCCCGCCCUGUGCCGCUCCAAAGAGCCGGCGGGGGCCGGAGCGCAGAGCCCAGUCGGCCGGGCGGAGGAGCCCCUGAGCGCCGGGAAGCGCCUGCGGCCAGCGAGGCGGCACGGGGCGGGCGACAGCCUCAAACGCCGCACUGAGCAUGCUCCGACGCGCCGAGGCUCCGCCCCUUCCCCGCCCCCAGCCGCGCUCCGCCCCGCCCCGCGCGCCCCGGACGUGCCCCGGCAGCUCUCGGUUUUCGCGCACUUUGCGCUCGCAGUUCGCGUCGGGUCGCUCCCGGCUCCUCUCGGUCGGCGCGUUUGCUACGUGGUACUUGGGAGAAUGAACAAAGUCUGUGAAAUGAAAUACAAACUGGUGGACAGUCCCCUGGGGAAAAUAGAAGUCUCCGGCUGUGAGCUCGGUCUGCACGGCCUCAAACUCCUUGGCCAGAAGACUCCACGAGCCGACACCCAUCCCGAGGAGCUCGGUGGUCCAGGGAACGUGCCGGAGCCCCUGACCCAGUGUGCAUCCUGGCUGGAGGCCUACUUCCACGAGCCUGCGGGGAUCGACGUGCGGCCCCUGCCUGCCUUCCACCAUCCCACCUUCCAGAAAGAUUCCUUCACCAGACGGGUGUUGUGGAAGCUGCUGAAGGUUGUGAAGUUCGGAGAAACAGUCUCUUACCAGCAGUUAGCGGCCCUGGCAGGCAACCCCCGGGCAGCGCGAGCCGUGGGGGGCGCCAUGCGGAGCAACCCUCUCCCCAUCAUCGUCCCGUGCCACCGCGUGAUCUGCAGCAGCGGCGCCGAGGGCAACUACUCUGGAGGUGCGGCCGUGAAGGGCUGGCUCCUGGCCCACGAAGGCCGGCGGGCGGAUGUCAAACCCGGGGCAGGGCCCCCAGCCCGCGGCCGAAACUGAGCGUGCGUGUCGGAGGAAAUAUUUGCAUGACACAGAAAUGUAACGCAGCUUUGGAAGACCGGUGCCGUGGCACCUCUAUAUUAAAAAAGCUGGAUGUGUCCUGGGGGGCGCAGCUUGUCUGCCCUCUCGUUUUUACAUUUUACAGCAAAAUGAGUUCAGGCCACCGGCCAUCGUGCACGUCGUUGGUUCCCUUUGCGGACAUCGUUGUCGUUCCAUUUUUAAUGUCCACUAAAACCGGGGACGAGAGAGUGGGAAAAGCCCAGCAGGUGUUCGGGGCCACGGCUCUAGGCGCUGCCACUGCCCGGAGUAAGAGAAGACGCACCGGUGCCCCCAGACCCCUGCUCGGCCUGCCCCGGCUGCCCCCACCCCAGUCCCGGCAUUGCCUCGGCAACACCUCCCGGCCCCUGAGGAAGGGGCCAAGGAGGGAGGGGCUCGCUAGAGGCCUUUAGCUUUGUGUUUCCACCUGCCAGAGAAGUUAGUGCACAGCGAAUCCAGCGUCAGUCAGUCUCUGUCAGUGGAAUAGAAAGUCAUCAAGUAGCUCUUGGGACAUGAGAACCCUCCUGGGUGGGGAAGCCGCGCCCCCUCCCCGCCUCUCGCCCCCUCGCCUCUCCUUGGCCAGGCCGACUGGGCAGCAGGUGGUGCUGAAAUGACCCCACAGAGCUGGACCCCGAGCCCCACCCCCCCAGUCGAAGGGGAUCGGCUCGCCUCGCGGUUGGCAGCAGGUGGUGUUUCCCGCUUCCGCCGUGCACGGUGGUCCGAUACUUCUUUAUCAUGCAGCCACUUCAGCGUCAUCAUCAGCCGUGUCUAGGUCACAAGUGGGGUGCGUAGCUCUGUGUGUGGAUAAAUUAGAUAGAGCCCAUGAGAGAGGAGAAAACAAACUAACCCCAAGCAGGCCCCAGAAACCUGUUUUCAUCUGGCGCCCCUUGGACGGUGCGAGCCACCGUGGAGGAGCGCAAGUGGGUUGUAUGUGCCACCGAGAUAAAAAC